ACGGUACUGAAUACGAAUAGUCGGUGUAGCAGAGCCAGUCAGUGAGCGGCUUAACGCUUCGUUCGUUUCCGUAUUGAAAGGUGGCUCAAACUCGACGCUCAAUCGCAUUCAUCGGACGAAUACUGGAGCAACUGGUUUGCACUGUGCAACAGGUUAACGAGUGCGGGUUACCGUAAAAGAUUCGCGUCGAAGUGUAAUCUGAGCCUAGUGUAGUUCCUUGUUUCAAAACGAGUGCGCGCAUUUAGUUGCGGGAUAAUGCUAUUGAGAACUACCAAGUGCAAACUAAAAACUGGUGAUUACCGCAUGAAACAGUGAUAACGGGGGAAAGUUUUUCAAUUAGAAAUUGGCAAGCCGCAGGCUCGGUUUGUGUUUCGUUUUCAAAUAAAUCAGCUAGAAAGUUGUCUCUGAAAGGGAGCCCGCCAUAAGAGCAGCAUCCGCAUCAUCGCUAGCAGUGGAAACGGUUGCCUCUCGAGUGUGCGAAUUCUUGCUUGCCACCACUCACUCUAUUUUACAUGACUGACUGUGCGGGACGGCAAGGUCCCCCCAAAGUCAACUACAACGUCGUCGUUUUCGUUUUCGUCUUCGUCUCAGACUGGUGGUGCUGUGUCGAGUUUCCCACUGUUGCGGACAUCAGAGUCGGAUAUCGACGCCAGCGGCAACCGCAACGGCAGCAUCUACUGCAACCAUCCGCACUGCAAUCGAGUGCAUUCUUCAAGGAGAGUGUGACAUGAGCGCCAUCGACUGGAGAAAGUGAGAUACUUCGCCGCCAUCCGCAACAAUCGGUGUGCAGUGCGAAGCUCAGUGAAUCGUGCGAAACUCUUGGAAGUGCAGUGUUUAUAAACUAUUAGUCCCGUCUGUAGUGGUCCCCGUUGGCGACGCGACACCAUCCAUUAUUAUCGAGCUGUGCGUUGACGGUUUUUGAAGUGCAAGAAGUGUAUCCGGAGGUGAAGAAAAAACAACAUCAGAAGCUCACCGAAUUCGCGAGUUUGCGCGAAAGUAGGUCAACUGGAAAAGGCGAACAUUUUCUCCAUACUCGGCAAGCUGUGGCGACUCGUUCCAACCUCUAUGGAGUUUCAGCUGGACAGCGCAGAGUACUGCCAGGCCCAACACAAAUAAGCUAAACGCUCCCCCGUCGUGGCACGAGCCCGAAUCGCCGUCGUUAUCGCCAUAUCGUACACAUCGUCACCGCCGUCGUCGUCCUCGUCGUGAUCGUCGUCACCGCCGUUCCCCAUCACCAAGCGCCCUAGUCGUCGUCGUCGCCGUCCGCUGCCGUGGCUACGGGGUUUCUGGAGACCGACCGGCUCUUGUGGGAGAAGUCUGUCCAGGGAAGGAGACCCUGAGGAACGUGUAGGAAGUUAGAGCAAAGUGAAAGGAGAUAGCGAUAGUCGAGCCGUGUCCCACGCGAAAGCAGUCAAGAAGAUAUCCCUGAGGUUUUUUGGUUUUGUUCUGUGCACAAGAAAACGUUUUGCGAAUCGACGAGAAGUCAUCAUAAGUGGUCGAAUUGGACAGAGUUUGAGAAGUGGAGGGAGUGUGAAGCGGAAGUGAACUAGCAGGCGAAGAAAAGAUCAAAGAGUGUUGUCAAUAGCCUUGUGUCAAUUGUUUGGACCCCAACCCUACCAUCGAUAGCAAUUUUCAGUGCAAAUCUAGCGCCCGCAGCAGGAAGAAAGCAGAAGAAAAACUUAGUGUCAAUAUAACCUACUUUCGGGAUCUUUUUUUCCUUUCUACUUUUUCCAUUUCCUCGUGGAGUAAAUAAUUUCGUCCGGCUCUUCCACGUCGUUUCCGGAACUGUUUUUUUUCUUUCUUUUUUCGUCGCCGUUACCGUCCUCAUUAGUUUGACCUGAUUGCUGAGGAAUUGUAUGAGAGCUGUGAAACUGGAUAAUAUUGACAACACAACUAGCUAUCAACGAAGAAGCUGAUUGAAUUGUGGAUUAACACUACAGCACAGAGAGAUCAUUCGAGGAGUCGACAAUUGCAUCUAAAAUAUAUCAAAGAACCAGUUCAACCAAUUAAAGUCUGGCUAAGUAGCGGAUAGAUAUUUGAUCGCAACAAUCUACAUUAAUAAUUGUACAUCGCAUCCAGUAUCAAUCAUCAUCGUCAUCACCGUGAUCUAAUCGUCGUACGUCGUUUAGCGUUAACCAACGUGAAGGAGAAGCCAAGCAUUUAAAAAAAAACAACGUUCGUUUGUCUGAUUUCAACUGGUUCAAGCCACGAAUUGUAAUUAUUCCAAAUUGAGCCACUCUACACUGCAGCACCGCGUCAGCAAGUGUGUGACCGGCGGCUUGUACUAGGUCCAAGGGCACGCAAAGCCAAGCCGCGCACCGACCACGUCCGGGCUGAAUCAUCGUCAUCAUCCCCGAGCGAACGGAGUGUGGUGUGGUGUCUUCAUUUGUUUGCCCACGAGCAGGAACAGGAGAGCGCCGUAUCAAACCGGGCGCGUGAUAAGCGGCAGUAGCAGCAUCAUCCCGCUGAGAAACGACCGAGAGAACGAACCGAGGGCAAUACGUCGUAGAAAGCCCGAUCGUUUAGAUCUGCGUCGCCGAUUGUACAAGGGGCCAGUGUGAAAGGUGAAAACGUGGAAAAUUUCAAAUAUUCUGUUGAUUUGUGAUAUAGUAUACAUCAUAAUAGUUCGUUUUUUAAGAAAUUGAUUUUAAAUAUCGCGUAAAUUGCGGAGAAGAAAAGAAGAGGAAGCAACAAGCCGAUAAGUGCAAGCAAAGUAAAGAAGUGAUUUUAUCUUAUCUAAAAAAAAGCAAAGGCUGAUCGAAGCCAACCGCCGUCGUCUUUAUCUCAAAAAGCAAGUGCUUCUAAUACUAGUGCAUCUACUUGAACGUAAUCGCAAGCUACUAUUCGGUUUCCUUCAAUUAUUUUGUCUAAUCUAUAACUUACAAACAAAACAUAAAAUACACACACGUACUAAGUGGGAAGCAGAGAGUAAUUGGCGCCGGAGAAUUCCACCAGCUGAUUGCAGCAAGUACUAAACCAGUAGGAAACAGCAGCAAAAACCUAUCUUCCGAUCCAGCAGACACCGUUUAAUGACAACCGUCAUCAUGCGUCAGAAGGACAUCAGACCAGCGCCGGCCCGGAUCGAAUUCAAGGGCAUGAAAUUCCUGAUCACCGACCGUCCCGCGGACAAUACCAUCCAGUGCUACAUUCAGGAGUUGAAGAAACACAACGUUUCGGUGGUGGUUCGCGUGUGCGAGCCCAGCUACAAAAUUGAGGAACUCGCCAACCAGGGCAUCAUGGUGCGAGACCUGGCCUUCGAAGAUGGAACUUUCCCGCCACAGAACAUUGUCGAGGAGUGGUUCGAAAUACUGAAGCAGAAUUUCCUAUAUAGAUUCCAGGACGACCCGGAGGCGUGUGUGGCGGUCCAUUGCGUGGCAGGCCUUGGCCGAGCGCCGGUUUUGGUGGCACUAGCAUUGAUCGAACUAGGACUUAAGUACGAGGCAGCUGUGGAAAUGAUUAGGGACAAAAGGAGGGGUGCUAUCAAUGCCAAACAACUAUCAUACUUAGAGAAGUAUAAGCCCAAGUCGCGACUAAAGCACAAAAAUGGUCACAAGAAUUCGUGCUGCGUGCAAUAAAACUAUCAAAAAUCCCACCAGUUAAAGUGUUCAUUUUAAACAAAAUCUAAACCGAGAAAGAAAGCCGACAGUUUUGCGAGCAGGAUAGUUUAGGCACUCACACGUACGUACAUAGCAGAGAUACAUGCAAAGAAAGCCAGGGACAAGACGGACGCGCUGCUUCGCCCAUGAGAAGGAGCCAGAGAGAAUCCGUACAGGGAGGAGCAGUCUAUAGGAAGGCAAUGAGAUCACUAGAAAGCGGCUUAGAGCGAAGAUCGGUCGGAAACUUUACCAAUGUUAGAUGCAGAGGGGAAAACGGUACGAAAGCAGAGGAAACUAGACUUGAAUCAGUCAUAGAGAAAAGGGUUAUCACAAAUAUUACAACAACAGGACAGUGAUAGGUCCAACGGGGACACAGACAAGAGUGCAGGCGAAACUAUAAGGCAAAUUAUAUAUACACAAGCAUAACUUAAAAGAAACAGAACAGAACAUUAAUAAAUAAAUAAUUGCAUAUACUAAAACAAAAAAAAACUAGUAAAAGAUGGAAGAUACACGCAAGAAUAUAAAAUGCAAAAUGCUAUUCCCCAUAUUGUAUGAGUAUAUUAUAAAUUAUUGAACGCAAGACUAGCAAGACGAAACGCAAAACAGUACUUUUAUAAAGUAAGUGAUCCACUACUAUUACUAAAGCAACCAGAAAGCGGGUGAUCCGCGCUGAACGAACGAAACUUUUUUUUCAUUCAUUGAACAAAUAGAAUAAACAGCUCGAAUGGAAAUAUAGACGGGAUUUGGAUGUUUUGCUGACGAACUGCAACAGUCAAUGGCGGUGGUUGGGGCAUGUUGUGCUAUUAGAGAGUUAUAGCAAACAGUUAGCCGAAUUUUUAGAACAAACAGAGAGAUAUUUUUAAUAGUCCGGAUUUAGUUGUUUUCUCUAGAGACGUUAACCAUAAAUAGAACAAUCAUCGUAGAGGAGACCUUGAUAGAGUAUUUUUUGUUUAGGUUAUAACAGUAACCGCUUCGAAGUGGAUGAAGUGCGGUGAUAGCUUUGGUGAAUAGAGCACGUCACGGAGAUAACUUUUCGACGUAAGUUUUGAUGAAAGUCUAAUGAGAGUAGCCUCUUGAUAUCAGAAUUUAAAAUUACAAUACAGAUGCAAUGGAAUUGGAAGUGAAAUAUGGCGCUUCCAGUGCUUGCAUCCUACCUAGAAAGAGCUGAGAAAAAGUUUUUAUGGUAGAUAACUGAGAGUGAAAUAUAGGAAAUUUUGUCUCAUGAGUUUUUUCCGAAUCCCUUUGAAGAUUUUAUAUUUUAACAAUCCCGUUCAUGCUCCUGUAUUCGCGAAUGCUUUUCCUUAUUUUUGAUAGAACUAAAGGUGUGCCAAACCAUACCGAUUGCAUUACGUGUGUAUUUUUUUCCACGUUGUGAAGAAGCAGUUUCCAAAUAUUUGGCUAUUCAGCUUUUGUUAAAUGCUUCCACUCGUUUCGAAGAGCAUUUUGGCAUAGCCAAUGUGGGUUGGAUUGGACGUUGUUUAACCUGCUUUACAAAAUUUGAUACUAAUAUUCUAAUUUAUUUAUUACCAGACUAAGGCCGGAGUGGCCUGUGCUGCACAUAAAAGUCUUCUCCAUUCAGCUCGGUCCAUGGCUGCACUUCGCCAACCACGCAGUUUGCGGAGGGUCCGCAAAUCGUCCUCCACCUGAUCGAACCACCUUGUCCGCUGUGCCUCGCCUUUUUGUUCCCGUCGGAUCGUUGUUGAGAACCAUUUUGAGUGCUAUUUUCGUCUACUCGGGUGGAAAUGUGUGCGGCACCACUCAAACUUAAGUUUGUUGAUCCUGAUGUAGUUACGUGCCACAAUAUCUAUGUCGUCGGCGAAACCAAAUAGCUGAAAAACGUACCACUCGUGUCAAUCCCUGCCCUUCGAAUAACUCCCUCCAAAGCUAUAUUGAAUAGCAGACACGAAGGACCAUCACCUUGCCUUAACCUUCUGCGCGUUUCGUAGGGACUCGAGAAUGCCCCUGAAACUCGAACUACGCACAUCACCCGAUCCAUCGUCGCUUUAACCAACCGUGUCAGUUUAUCCGUAAAUCCGUGCUAGUGCAUCAGCUGCUAUUGCUGGUCUCGAUCGAUUGUAUCGUAUGCGGCUUUGAAGUCGAUGAAUAGAUGAUGUGGGGGCACGUUGUAUUCGCGGCAUUUCUGCAAUAUCUCCUGGUCCGCGGUAAACCUUUCGCCCAUGAGUCCCGCCUGGUGCUGGUGAGUCCUGCCUGGUAUCGGUGCUAGUCGACGCUAGAAAAUUUGUGAGAAUACCUUUUAGGCGGCGUUUAUUGUCAGAUUUUCUGGAUAUGAUACACUGCGCGGCGUUUGUAAUGUUCCCAAAUGGGUACUUGCACAAAACUUCACGCGGCGAAUGACUGUCGAAAGGUACGGCCGCGCCAAACGAUACACCGCAAUGCUAUUCACCCAUAAGAAUCAAGUAAAUGGGGUGCAGAAAGCGCGGCGGUACCUUUCAUGAAGGGUUCGCCGCGUGCAAUUUUGAGAAAAUCAGGCAAUAGCACUUUUUUAGAUGAACCUUCCAGACCUUCCAUUCAUUCCUGCGCCAGAAAUCCUGAUGGUGAUCUUCCCCAGUGGCUUUUUGGUUUUCCUCCUUCUCCUCCUCGAUUUCCUGGGAAUCCGGAGCUGGAAAACGUUCGUCCUGCACUCGUGCUCCCAAGUUCGGCACCAUACCGCAAUCGUUGUGUGCCACUCCCACACCUUGGUCGGUUUAAUUCUAAGGAUGACUUUGUGACCAGUCAGCACACGGAAGAACUAAACUACUCAAAGUGAGUUCAAUUCACCCAACUUCGCACUUCCGUGCGGGAGGCCAAAUUUGAAAAAAAUGGGUCGAAGUAGUUUGCUUUUACUCCCAUGUUAAAAAAGUACCUAGCGUAAGUUCUAUUCACUCAAUUUCGACCUCGAGCAGCAAACUUGAGGUUGGCUUCCCGUAUCGAACUGGCGUCGAUGCAUUGUUUUGCUUCUUUGUUUUCGAUGAGAAUGCUUUAGUGAUUCCGACGCGAAUAUUCCAGGUACUCCGACGGGAAUCUCCAGAUAUUUCGACGGGAAUCCUCCAAGCAUACCGGAGGAAACAUCCAGAAAUUCUGAAGGCAAUCCACCAGGGAUUUCGACAGGAAUGUUCCAGGGAUUCCAAUGAGAAUCUUCUAGAGAUUCCGAAUAGAAUCCUCCAGAAAUUUCGACGGGAAUCCUCCAGGAACUCCGACGGGAAUACUCUAGGAAUUCCGACGGGAAUGUUCCAGAGAUUUCAUCGGAAAUACCCCAGGAAUUCCAACGUGAAUGUUCAGGAAUUUCGUAGGCAAUGUUCAGGGAUGCAGCGGUAAAUCGUCAAAGGAUUCCGAAGCAAUCUGGCAAGCAAAUCGUCGAAAGACUCCGUAUUAACCCUUCGAGAAUUCCGUAACGAAUCCUCCAGCGAUUCCGGAGGGAAUCCUUCAGGGAUGUUGAAGCAACUCGUUGAGGGAUUCCGAACCCAAUCUUCGAGGGAUUCCGAAGCAAAUCACCGAAGGAUUUCGAGGCAAAUCGUCGAAUGAUUCCGAAACAACACACACUCCACACAACACUCCAGAAGAAUUCCGAAGCAAAUUAACGAGAAAUUCUGAAGCAAACCCUCCAUGGAUUAUGAAGUGUAUACCCCACAGAUUUCCAAGGGUAUCCCUCGAAGAUACCGAGAGGGUUCCAGUGUGAAUUCUUCUGGAUUCCGAAAUACCUCGAAGAUUCUGAAAGGAAUUCUUUAGAGAUUCCAAUGAGAAUUCCUCUCGGUUCCUAAUGAGAAUCCUUCUUGGAUGCUGAUGGGAAUUGUGGAGAUUAUCAUGCUGCUAGGCAAACGGAAGUCUGCUGGAAAACUGGCACUCUAGUCCGUGAUUGUUGACCACAUGUCUUUGACUGCUGACAAAGUACCAUGAUUGCUUUGAUUGAUAUUUUUGUAGGUCUCUUUUGUUGUUCAUGUCAAGCUUACUUUGAUGCUUUCAAAUCAAUUAGAUAUUGCCUAUUCAUAAUUAAACCAAGGGGAAUUCCACUGCCACACAGGAAUCUUUCUCAGAAAUGAGAAACAAGUUUAUUUGUCUUCCACUCAUUUUAUUAUGAUAGAAUGAAUGUGGGAGAUAACUCAAUUGUCUUCAAACUUUUUCAGUAAUUCAUUAACUUUAUGUUGAAAAUUGAUAUCACUGCUAAAUAACUUUUCAAAUCCUAGGGGGCUAACUGUUUAUAGGGAGGGCUAAGCCUCCCCUGAUUUACGUCAUUUACGUAAUUUUAUUCUUCCGUACAGGGUUUAAACUCAGGCCCACUGAUAGGUGAGUGACAGGCAAACGGUGUCCACUACUCAAACGCCGGCCCAGAGAAAAGCAUUUUUCCCGAAUAGUGUCAAUAGACUCUACGUGAAAUCUUUUUUGGUAGAAAACAAUAAAAAGCAGAUAAGCUGAUGUACCUAUUUGUGUGGUCUCUAAUGGCCGGAGCGAAAUGCGAUGACAAGAUCUGACAAGAAAAGGCCGAGUCAUGGCUUGCUACUUAACGAUUGACACGCUGAGGUGCUAAUAUAUUCUAUAUUACACGCUGAUGAUAGCUUACUCAAACCCCACAGUAUUGGAGAAACCAUCAUCAGUUUCAUACAAGAGGACGCCGGAUUGAUCAUUGUAAAAUUAAUUAGGUGCACAGGAAAAUUUAAUCCUUUUUUGAUAGUAUUCGAAGAUUUGCGCUGAAGAUCUAGAUAAUUUCGGUCAAGUCUUCCGCAGUACCGUAUUCCGAAAUUAAACUUCUCAUUGGGUUGGAUCUGUUCGUGUUUCAACUAAGAAAUGUGCAUUUCAGCUCCAUAAGCGAUUUACAUACGUCGUCUAAUUUUACUCGGAACUUAUAUAGAUUUUUUAUUAUUAUUUUAUCAAAUCGUUUAAAUCUUGCUACAGUACGUGAGUUGGGAAAAUACUUGCUGGUGUUAGUAAAAUCCAAAUAACAUCUGUUUUUGAAAGCUGAUUUUUUAUGAGUAUUGGCUACAAAUCGUUAUAAUUAAUUAAGAGCAACUUCUGCAUCACUCUCAGUAAUCCAUCCAUGGCCAUAUUCGACCAGUAUCAAAUGAGAAAAUUGUGAGGCGUUCACGAAAUUUUGUUUGUGAACGGAUCAUAAAGGUAGAGUAGAUAUCGAGUUAUAAAGGUGAAAUUUUGAAAUUGGUAUGAAUGAACCUUUUGUUCUAGUAAGGGAAACAUUACUCAACAGAGAAACAGACGUAAAACUUGAGAACAUAUGAUCGAGGAUGACUCUAACGACCAAUUUGAAUUUGAGUGAUUCCGAGUUUCACACCUAGAGGCGCUAGCGUCGUAAUCCUUCGAGUUUGACAUUGCACUCUAGCGCCUUCUGGUGACCAUGUCAUACGAAAUAUUGUUUCGUGCAACAUCCUCGCAAGAUGGUGGUAGAGGAGCUAAGCAAUGGAUUUUUAGAAAAUUGUUCAAGCUGUUACGUCUGUUUGUCUGUGAUUACUCUAUGAGGCAAACAAUCACCGCAAGUUUAUCAGCCCACCAUAUCGACGUGUUAUAAGCCAAAUAUAUUUCAUAUCUGUUAAUUCAAGCAUUUCACAUGCUGCUUAGUCAAAGAAAACAGUCUCGUCCACUCUACACAGCAAUCAUGUAUAGUGUAGCAUUCCGUACAUGCUGCAUCUCGGUGCAGCACAGCGUAUUUAUUUAGUCUAAUUAUUCCAUACAAGUCAAUCGUAGCGUAACAGCCCCAAACCACCCAAUGUAUCAAGUUCGUACAGCAAAUCAUCCUAAUCCUGGCGAUGAACUACUGUGAACCCCCCAAAGUCGCUUUAUUUAGAAUUUAUAGGUACUUAAUCAAAUCUCAGUUCCGAAUAACCGAUUAUUUUUGAGUAGAAAACAACAGCAGCAAACAGCCAGACAACCAGGAAAUCAAUCACUACAUGAAUGCACUAGAUUAUAUGUCAGAGUUAAAUUAAAAACUAACUAAAUAGAAUGGAAUAACGCAAGCAAGAGUAUCUUAAAUAUACCAAAAAGAAGGCUAACAAGUACACGCAACUACACAGAGACUAACUAUCGGAUCAUAAACAUACACAACACAUCAACACUUGUACAACUGUGUAUUACUGAGGAGUAUCUUUUUCGCUGUCCAACAACGUUUCGAUUGAUGUUUCCGCCGAAAACGAUCUCCACGCCCUAUAUUCUAAUAGUUUUUUCGAUCGGUGUGUUUAGCGUCAGCCAGUUUAGACAAUGCGUAUAUUUUAUGUCAGAGCAAGAAGAAGAAGAAUUAGAAUACACUCUUACACUGACCACUCUUUCCCCCACAUUACACGUAGCAAAGAUUAAUAAAGAUGUAUAUUUAUGGGAAAAAUAACCUCCAAAUUAUUGCAUGUGGAUGUCGAAUGAGGAAUAAAGAAACAUUUGAACCAUUUUUUGACAGUAGAAUAUUUAUUCUAGCGAAAAUAUGUUUGUGGGUGUCUCCUUCAGACAGCAAUAAACGAUAAACAUAAACAAUGAAAGCAUAUUUAAUCAUGGAUCGUUCAUUUAUUCGAUAUUAAUAAACAUCAAAGUAAAAGAAAGUGUUGCUAGUACCACAUCACUAAUGCUACUAAGAGGAAACCGGAAAAUUCUCUCUCAACGAUCUCAAAAGUGACCCUUAAAAACUUAUGGAAUGAGCUCGACAGAUCCUAAAUGGCUCAGUGCUAGGAAAGGAUGGUGAUUUCUCGAGCAAGCUACCGCUUAAAAUGAACAUCAAAUAACGCAACAACACAAUGCUGCUUUCACGCGCCAAAUAUACAAAUACACCAAUCACAAAUCAGGUUAAUUCAACAGAGAGUGAAGUUAAUCAAAUAUGAACAUCCUUAAACACUCACCUUCCCGUUCGGCACAUUCUUUGCACACACGCAUUUGUCCCCAAUUAUCCACACAAGAAGCAAUACAUUAACAGAAAACAAACGAAACACUACACUCGCAAAACGGUUCCAAAAUUUCACAUGACAUAGCAAAGGAAAUACAGUGAACAGUAUAAACAAAUCGGCGCCCUACUUUCGUUCCAGUGCAUUUUUACAACAUUAAAGAGUUACAAGCACACUGCUUUGUACUGUUUAUGGCUCUGAUUAUUAUGAACAAAAAAUUCUAAACUGUGGACAGUGAAAAAAAAGUAACUGUUGAAUGUAGCAGUCAGUGAUAAUGAAUAAAAUUAAAAUUCUAGGAAAUCAAAUUCAACUAAAUGAAAAGUUUUAAAAACAAGUUGGUACUAAGACUUAGACACCCUACACAAUAAAGCCAAAACAUGCGCAGCGAGACGGCGCAGUUCUUCUUCCCAAAAACACAUCCCUAAAGAACAUUGAGCAAAUUUAACACCACAGCGUUUGUGAAUCCCACCACUCCGAAAACGUUACUAUGACUCAAUUGGAUUUGGAUUUUAUUAGUUUCCCAUGAUCUUUUAUUGUACCUUUUUCUGGUCAUAGAACGAAUCAAGCAAAACUUUAAUUUACUGAAAGGUUUACUAUGAAGAGUCACCAAUAGUGUGAACUGAAAUAGAAUUGAUCAAACAACUAUCACCAGUAGAAACGCUGAGUAAAGUGAAUAUAAUAACAUUUUUAUUUCAAUUAAAAAAACAAAUUUAGAAACGCUAUUUUGGGUUAAUAAAUAAAAAAUACGAGGACUCGCAUAGUUCGAACCAGUUUCACCCUACACAUAUUCGUCCUUCAUCUCUUUCCCAGGACUUGCAAGAGUAAGAAUAUUCUGAACAUGUGAAUCGAAACAGUCAUUAUCGUUGUGAAACAUUGAAAAAAAAAUCAUCAUAUGAAGCAGAACCGAAAUCCAAUCAUUGAUCAUUGUCUCUCAUGUUCAUACACUACGCUAAUAAAAAUCACAAACAUCAUGAAUGAAAAUAAAAUGUACUAAUGACUUAAUGGAAGUAAUGCCCAAGAAGGAUGGUAACAGAAAUGCGGAAGCGAUCAAAACCACACCAUCAGGAAGUGGGAUGAGAACAAAAACGGAAGAAAAGAGAACUGGGAGUGAAACAAUAUUAUACUGAAAUAGAUAUUGUAAUUUUAUGAAGAAAAAAACAAGUAAUAAAGACGUCGUGUCUUAUUUGUGUCACAUUUCUAUAAAA